GAGAUCCCAGUGCCGGAGCGGCAGAGAGAGACGCAGCACGAUGGAGGAAGAGCUCCUGGUCACAAGUCAACUGAACCCACAGCGCUGGUGUGCUCCACGCUGAGGAGCGACGGAGGCGGGGGAGGCGGGGGAGGCGGGGGAGCAGCCCAGGCACAGGCACAGGCACAGGCACAGGCCAGCAGCAGGAGCAGGGAGUCAAGGAUCAGCAUCCAGCUUGAAGAACCAAGAGGAACGCUGUCUGCGAGUCAGGAGUCCGUGAGCGAGCGAGAGAGAGAGAGAGAGCGGGCGGCGGGCGAGCGAGGGGUAAAGUUAGCGAGCAGCUCGUCACCUGUCAUCGUGCUCCUCAUCCCUCUCUGUCGGCGGCCGACACUCACAUGAGGCGGGACGCGGAGGUUCCGUCCUGUCGCUCAGGAUCAACAAACCAAACUCCACUCAGGUCUGAGACCUAUUCUCCUCUCCGUGUCCUCAAGUUCCUUCCAUGUAAGAUUCCGAUUGGUGUUUUUACCAUGAGUCCAGACUUCAAGCAUGAGAAACCUGCGUGAGCCGCAGCUUCAAACGGAUUCUAUCAUCAGAAGACUCCAGGCUUAGACGCGGGAACCUCGUCUUCCUCGUCUUCCUCGUCUUCCUCUCCAGCGCUGGACAGACAUUCGAGCAGCUGUUCCUCAGAUAUGUGACAGUCGUCAGUGACCCGGGUUCUGUUCGACCCCACCAUGAACCUGUCGGAGCUCAGAGCCGAGCCUCCACGCGGACCCGAGGCUCCGGGCUGUCGGAACGGCCUCGAUGAGCCGCCGGGGAACUGGUCCGGUGGGGUUUAUGGAGCCCAGUGUCCGGUCCAAGACGUGGGGAAGAACUGGGCGGCGCUGCUGAUUCUGGCCGUCAUCGCCGUCACGGUGACGGGAAACCUCCUGGUGAUCCUGGCCGUGUCCCUGGAGAAGAAGCUGCAAAACGCCACCAACUACUUCUUGAUGUCGCUGGCAGUGGCUGACAUGCUGCUAGGCAUCUUGGUGAUGCCGGUUUCCAUGGUGACCAUUCUCUACGAUUACGUGUGGCCCCUGCCCUCUGACCUCUGUCCCAUCUGGAUCUACCUGGAUGUCCUGUUCUCCACAGCCUCCAUCAUGCACCUCUGCGCCAUCUCUCUGGAUCGAUACAUCGCCAUUCGAAACCCCAUCCACCACAGUCGCUUCAACUCCCACACCAAGGCUCGCCUCAAGAUCAUGGCGGUGUGGACGAUCUCAGUGGGCAUCUCCAUGCCCAUCCCUGUGCUGGGGCUCAGGGACCACUCUAAGGUCUUCAAAGACGGCAGCUGCCUGCUGACAGACAACAGCUUUGUGCUGGUCGGCUCCUUCGUUGCCUUCUUCGUGCCCCUCACCAUCAUGAUUGUCACCUACUUCCUGACCAUCAACGCGCUGCAGAACGAAGCCACCCUCUGCUUGGACCAGCUUGUCCCGCGGCCCAAAUGGAGCACGACGUUCACCUUGAGCUUUUUACCACAAACCUCGCUGUCCUCUGAGAAACUGUUCAGACGCUCAAUCAGCCGCGAGGCCGGGGGUCGAGGGAGCAGCGGUGGGGUGGGAGGCUCGCUGUUUGGGCGCCGCACCAUGCAGUCCAUUAGCAACGAGCAGAAGGCAUCCAAGGUGCUGGGCGUGGUCUUCUUGCUCUUUGUGGUCAUGUGGUGUCCGUUCUUCAUCACCAACGUGCUGGUGGUUGUCUGUGACCCGGCGGUGUGUGACCCCAGCCUCAUGGGAGGCCUGCUGAACGUGUUUGUGUGGGUGGGGUACCUGUCGUCCGCCGUCAACCCUCUGGUCUACACACUGUUUAAUAAGACGUACCGGGCGGCGUUCCUGCGCUACGUUCGCUGCCGCUACUGGCCGGAGAAGAAGCCUCUGCAGCUCAUCCUGGUCAACACCAUCCCCCCUCUGGCCUACAGCUCCACCCAGAUGCCCCUAGGCGACAUUGGCAGGCCACGAAACGGGGCGGGGCUCUGUAGUCAGAAGAAGGAGGUGUCCCUACCUGGACCGGAGGGGGACGGAACCCACAGAGUCAGGGGCGAGAGCUGUGUGUGAGGCUCACUGCAGCCUGCCUCCCAGUCUGGGGUCAUAGAACUCCAGUGACGCUCAGAUAUACGUUGGUUUUUGGUCCUCUCUCUUUAAACUUUUGACAAUCAGAUCAAAAUAACAGCAAACAUGAUGGUUGGAUUGAGCCGUGACUUUUCACCAGGCCUCCACCUCCCAUGGAAGCUCUGGGUGGAUCAGUUACCUGCUGCAGAUGAGCCUGAACAUGUUUCAGGCUUGACUUCUAUUUGUAUUUAGUGCAGAUCUUGUGAGUAGAUGUGUGAUGUAGAGUGGUCAUGUGAAGGCUGUGACUGUGUCUGUUCAUUGUGAACAUUUUGCCAAACUGCCAGGUUUCCAGGUUUCCUGCUGCAGCCGUAGAAUGGGUUCAGUUCCACACGUCAAGCAUGGACAGAGAAGGGACAGGUUCGACCAGCUGUUAACCUCCCAGGCUGAAGCGGUUCAGGGCAGCGUCUAGAACGGAACCAGGACCAAUCGGGCUUCUAACCUUCAGCCCGGAACACUGAGGAGCAGCUCCCAACCACCCUCAUCACCCAGUAGUUCAUAGGCCCAGUUCUGUGAUGGUCCUGGUUCAGUGUGUGUAGUUCUGGUGGUCCACGGCGACUCUCUGCUUGGAGGCAUUGAGCGUCAGCACUGAUUGAUGAUUCAGAGUUUGAUGUUUACGGCUGUUUUCUAUGUCAGUGUAUGAAAACUGUUUUUUCCUUUUGUUUUCAAAUCAAAGUAAAAAGACAAACUGGAAACGAG